AUGGACACCAGCACCGAUGCAGAGUCCUUGUACUCUUACGCUUCCACCGUCGCUCUCGACGACUUUCGCGACAGAAGCAACGAGCUCAUCGCCGGAUUUCCUCAUCCACCGCGACAAUCGGGCAGCGUGUCGCCCACAGCCUCCGUCAAGACCUUACGGCGGAACUUCUUCGUCAAUGAGUUGCCGCUGCUGCAGGAAACGAACCCGUACGAUGGCUCUGAGGAGUUUAACCCGGUGCGCGAAGAGGGACUCUCGUACGAUCUCAUUGCGCCAUAUGAAGGCGGCGACACUCCGCUGCACAGUCUCGAGCGCAUGGCCGAGGUCAUGUUUUCUCUCGACCACAUGCGCACUAUCCUCAACGACCCUCGAUACCUUGCGCAAUUUCGUGAAUUCCUACUAGACGAGCGACCGCGAUCUCUAUCCACGUUAACCUACUACCUGAACGCUUGCAAAGCCCUAAAGGCGAUUGAAUACGCCAAUUCCCUCGUACGUUUAUCCGUCGACGUGCCGCCACCUUCGAUCCAACCCUUCGAUCAAAACAGCCACCACCAGCUGGUUGGGGUCACCAGUAAUCCAGCGCUCGAGCGGCGCGUGCAGGAUGCGCUCCAGGCACUGACUGCGGAGGAGCUCCCGGCGUUUAUCACGUCCAAAUGCAUCUCCAUCACUAGUCACAUCGUCGAAGAGAGAGUCCGGGGAACUCUCCCGGAGAAGUUCCAGGGCACGUCGGAUGCGCUGGCCGAAGUUUUCUGUCUGACAGAUCCAUCGCGACCCGAUAACCCGAUUAUCUUCGCAUCCGAGGAAUUCCACCGCACAACACAAUAUGGCAUGGACUACGUGCUCGGCCGGAAUUGCCGAUUCCUACAAGGGCCCAAAACAAACCCCAACAGUGUGCGGCGCAUCCGAGAGGGCAUCGAACAAGGCCGACAUCAUUCAGAACUCUUUCUUAACUACCGACGAGACGGAUCUCCUUUCAUGAACCUGCUGCAAUGCGCGCCGCUCUGCGACGGUCAAGGCCACAUCCGAUAUUUCAUCGGUGCACAAAUCGACGUUUCGGGGCUAGCAAUGGAAGGCGCUCGAAUGGAUUCGUUGCAGACGCUACGCACGCAACGCAAGCAGCAACGCGAUCAGCAGAACCUUCAGCAAGAGAAUAUCCAGCAAGAGAAUUUCCAGGAGAGCUUUGAGCCGGAGAACCCUCCGCAGGAUACCAUUCAAAGGGAGAGCACUCAAGGAGAGAACAUUCCGCAGGAUGACAACCAUCAGGAGGGCGAAGAGUCAUCGCCGCCGCCGCCGCCACCACAUCCCAAGACCGAAUUCCACGAGCUCACCGAGCUUUUCAGUCCCCGGGAGCUAGGCAUGGUGCAGGAUCAUGGCGGCGAUCUAUUCCAGCCCGUCAUCGAUCCCCGGCUCAGUGUCCGGAGUCAUCGCAUGCGGUCUCGAGCAGACACCUCGUGGGAGAAUCAGGAACUAGAAAUGGUUCGAAGUCAGGAGGUCAAGUCCUCUUUCUUCAGAGGAUCGCUGACGGGCGUCUAUGAGAACUAUCUCCUGGUCCGACCGUAUCCCUCACUUCGCGUGCUCUUCACCUCUCCGUCCCUGCAGAUCCCCGGAAUGCUCCAGUCGUCGUUUCUCUCCCGCAUCGGCGGAUCGUCUGAUAUUCGCGAUGAACUGCUGCAUGCGAUGAUGAGCGGCCGCAGUGUCACGGCACGCAUCAAGUGGGUGAAUCGUUACAAUACCGAGGGACGUGAUCGAUGGGUACAUUGCACGCCCUUGCUGGCGAAUAACGGGGAAGUCGGCGUUUGGAUGGUGGUGAUUGUGGACGAGGAGGCUUCGGAGGCUUCGGCAGCGGGAGAGGGAUCGGACUAA